UCUCUGUGCCCAGUUCAGUAAACCAAACUUCCCCUUUGUCUGUUAAACAUUUUUCAAGUGUUAUCGAGAGCUUAAGGAGUGAGUUUUUGGAAUCAGCUGUCUAAAACACCCGAAAAGGAUGUUUAUUCUUCUUUGGACGACCCUGCUCUUCAGUGUGAGGAGACACCAUGCUUAUGGAGGUGCAUCGCCAGAAAAAACAAAAGAAAUAACAGCAGAGGCUGGACUCUGUGCUGUGAUACCGUGUUAUCUAUCUGAUGAUUCUGGCUUCACUCUGGGAUCUGCAGUUUGGUACAAAUGUGAACAGAACUGCACUGAUUCCGAUGCGAUUCUCCGCUUAAACAACUCCAGUCCAGAGACUCGGCCUGGGUUCAGAGGACGAGUGUCACUGCUGGAGCGUGAUCUGAGUCGGAGGAAUUGCAGCAUUGUUAUCAAUGACCUCAGAAAGUCUGACUCUGGAUCAUAUCAGCUCAUACCGCUGAAUGGAACAACAAACAUUUGCAGAGCAACUCUCACUGUUAAAGAUCUGAGUCAGCGGCCCAGCCUGAAGAUUCCUCCUUUGACAGAGGGACAACAAACAACAUUGACCUGCACCGCUCCUGGCCUCUGCUCUGGAUCUGCUCCUAAAUUUACCUGGACAUGGGAAGGAUCAGGAAAAAAUGACACUCCAAUCACAGGAAACACAUCCAAUACGCGUUAUAGCUCAAAACUAACAUUUAACUCUUCAGCUACGCACCACGGCGGGAGGAUCACCUGUCAGGUCAGCUUCACAAAUGAAACAACCACAGCGGAAACGCAGACUCUCAAUGUGACCUAUGUCAAGAAACUUGAAAUCACUGGAGAGAGAGAUGUGAGUACGGGUGAUACUCUGAACCUGGCCUGCAGUGUCGACAGUUUCCCUCUGUCUAAUGUUGCAUGGACUAAAAACGGCUCAACCAAACACCUGGCCAACGACACUAGAUCAGCCACACUCGUCAUCUCUUCAGUGAAACCCGAACAAUCUGGACUGUACAUUUGUACAGCAAAACACCUCAAAAAAAUCCUGAAGGAGGAAGUAAAGGUAACAGUGAACCCCCGUCCAAAGAUCUUGCAAAGCUCUAGCUGCAAAAAUGACCUAAAGGUCCUGACCUGCAUGUGCAUCAGCAAAGGGGAUCCCUUGCCGUUUAUCAAAUGGCCUCUUUUAGAGAACCACACACACUUCACUGUCAUUACCACCAAGUUAAACCACACAGUCAACAGCACCUUCAUCCUGCCUGUUAAAAACCAGAAUGGCAAUGGGACUGACUGUGUUAGCAGAAAUAAAUAUGGAGAAGUAAAAAAGACACUCUUCAUAAUGAAAGCAACACAAGAAGAUGAAGAACUAUACAAGAGAUUGAUCAGAGCUGUGACACGGCUAGAGAUUGUCAUCGCCUUUUUGAUCGGCGCUCUCCUCUCUGCAAUCACCUGCUGUUUGGUGAGAAAAUGCCACAGGAGAAAAACAAAGAUCUAUGGGAAUUUUGCUGAAGAUCUGGAGAUGGUGACAAGUCAAGAAGAUCCACUGAUAGAGGUUGGUCAAGCAGUGGAAAAUCAUCACGCCAUCGACCAUGAGGCCCCAGAAGGAGGAGGAGAAGGCGAGGCAGCAGGGAAAGCAGAUGUGGAUUAUUCCAACCUGGAUUUCUCCAGGAUCAAAAGGAGAAGUUCCGAAGAGGCAGGGGCGCCACAAGAAAGCACAGACACAGAUUACGCUGAAAUCAAAAGAGGAGAUGCAAAGGUCAGACAAGGUGAAGAGGGUAAAGAGGAAGAGGAGAUGACAGGAGAGAGAAUGAAGGAGUGUGUGAUAGAUGAUGGGGAAGGUGAGGAUGUAGCGUUGUAUUCCAACAUCAAAGAUAUACUGGCUCAGAGUGAAGAGAACAUUGCUUAGGAGCUUGACUAUUUUCAACUUCUGUGAUUUGUUCUUUUUUAUCCAUUUGUAUGUUUUAUGUUUGCAGUGUGGGGUUUGUUUGGGGUUUGCAUUGCUGUAUGCAGCAUUCUUAAAUCCCCAGGUAAAAAAAACAUGUAGUUAUUGUUUUAACAGUUAAAGACUUUUGCUGAAUGCGCAAAGCUGUACUCAGUAGUUUAACAAAGGCCAUCAGAAUCUUUACAUUAGUAAUCCUUCAACAAAUCUUAAUGCCAUAAUGUAUAAGUCUUAUGUUAUCAACAUAAUUAUAACUCCUGGAUACUUCAAAUAUAAAACCUCGAGUGCAGCUAAAUGCCAUAUUCUAUCACAAUCUCACUUUUAUUUUUUGUUUGCCAACUGUUUUUAUGAUUUUAUUGAUGCAAUACAUUUUAUGUCAUAUGAUGUAUCUACUUCUGCAUGUAAAAAGUAAAGCUUGAUAUUUUUUUAUUUUUCAUAUUACAUAGAUUAUUGAAACUGUGUAGUUACAUGGGACCAUAGGGCCUAAAUUGCAUUUAUUUACCAAGAAUUAAAUGUGUUUUUUAUUGCUUUUGAGGCACUGUAUGAAGGUAGAAAAUUCACAUGAUGUUUACAGAAAAUUAAAGCGAUA